AUGAACUGUAAAAGGAAAAUGCUGCUGUUGAUUCUGGGUCUUUCAUUGUUCCUGUUGUUUGAUCAUUAUUCCAGGAAAAAUCAAGAAGAAGAACUUCAGCUCUCAGACUGGUUUGACCCCAGAAAACGCCCUGAUGUGAUCACCACCACGAGCUGGCUUGCUCCCGUCGUCUGGGAAGGCACUUUCAGCAGAGAGGCGCUGGAAAAACACUACAGAAAGCAGAAUCUCACAACGGGCUUGGCCGUCUUUGCUACUGGCAGGCUUGCAGACCAGUACCUGGAGCUGUUCUUGCGCUCGGCGAAUAAGUACUUCCUGACCGGCUACAGAGUGAUCUUCUACCUCAUGGUGGACACCUUAGUCAGGCUGCCCCAGAUCAGGUGGGGGCCCCUCCGACAGUUCAAAGUGUUCAUCGUCACCGAGGACAGCUGGUGGGCCAACGCCGACCUUGUGCGCAUGAAGAGCUUGGCCAAGCACAUCAUCUGGGACAUCCAGGGCGAGGUCGACUUCCUCUUCAGCAUGACCGUCACCCAGAUCUUCCAGAACAACGUGGGCGUGGAGGUCCUGGGCGAGUCAGUGGCUCAGCUCCACGCCUGGUGGUACUUCAAGAACCGUGCAAGUUUCCCCUACGAGAGGAGGCCCAAGUCGGCAGCUUGCAUCCCGUUUGGCCAGGGAGAUUUCUACUAUGAUGGUGCAUUCGUGGGGGGCACGCCUCUGGAGGUCCUGAACCUCGUGGAGGAGUACCUGAACGGCAUCAUCCACGACCUCAGACUCAGGUUGAACAGCACCUACGAAAAACACCUCAACAGAUACUUCUUCCUCCGGAAGCCUGCCAAGCUCUUAUCCCCAGAGUACAACUGGGACGCCGACUUCUACCCGCCGCCCCAGGUGCAGUACGUCAAGGUGGCCCAGCAGUCCAAAAGGAGACAUUGA